GGAAGCACAUGGACGGCGCUGUUUAUUGGGCCCUGUUAUCGUGCAGGUCACACACAGGGUCUCCGCGCCAUGAAAGGGUUCGCAGCUGCCCUUCUCAUCUGGACUCUGCUGUCUCCCCGGAGAGCUGGCGGGGAGGCCUGGCCCACGCACACGGCCUGCAGGAACGGGAAUCUGCAAGUGCUCUACCAGAGCUGCGACCCAUUGCAAGAUUUUGGCUUUUCUGUCGACCAGUGUUCCAGACAAUUAAAACCAAAUAUCAACGUUAGAUUUGGAAUGGUUCUGAGAGAGGACAUCGAGCAGCUGUUUCUGGACGUUGCGCUCUUCAGUAAAGGACUGUCCAUCCUGAACUUCUCCUACCCCAUCUGCGAAGUGGAUCUACCCAAGUUUUCUUUCUGUGGAAGAAGGAAAGGAGAGCAGAUUUAUUAUGCCGGCCCUCUCAAUAAUCCUGGAUUUGAAAUUCCCGAGGGAGACUACGAGGUCCUGCUGGAGCUCUACAAUCAAGACCAUGCCACUGUGGCCUGCGCCAAUGCCACCGUCCUCUAUUCCUGAGUGUCUCGAAGUGCAGUCAGCUGUCUUGUGGCGACAGCAGCUCCUCCCACGAACCCUGCUGAGAGGGAGGACCAGUGGACCACAGAGCAAGCCUCCUGGAAGGUGCCAGCGCUGUCAGCCGCAAGACCAAAGGUCCCCGUACUACAUGGAUGCAGUGAAGGCCCCGGAGUAUCUGCCUCCCAGGAGCUCCUGGGGGUCAACCCAGCAGUCUUGAGGGACCGUCCCUCAUCCCUAAGUGCUCUCAUAACAAAGCUCAACUCUUUCCAGCUCCUGGGAGCCCAGGAUCAAAUAAAGAAACUGGCCCAAAA